GUUUAUUCAUAUAUGUUAAUAAUUUUGUUAUAAUAAAUAUUUAGGAAUUAUGGAGUUUGACAAGUCAUAGAUGUAGGUAUGAAUCUUACUGCUUGCUAAAAUAAUUCAGUGCCAAAAUAUUCAGUGUAGGUUAAUGUUCCUCAACACCUUCUAAGUUUUUUCUCAGUUUAAUAUCUACAUCAUAACCCAUCUUAGUGUACAAAUUUUACUUUGUACACCCAUGUAUGGAAGCCUUAUAACAGAACCCAUUCAACAUAUACAUUGGCAGACAAAACACAAGUUUCACAAUGAAUGGCUGUACAGCUGGCAGAGGUCUAUAAACUUGAAUUUUUGCUAUAACAAGCAGUUGCUGUGGAAACGUGGGUUUCUAUGCUGAAAAAUAUCUUUGAAGAUUAGAAAAAACACAUUUUGAAACAUUAAAUAUAUUAGAAGUAGAAAGACAAAUUAUUUUCUGCCUGAAAAUGAGUAAAUUUGUCAUAAAACUUCAAACCGCAUCGAAGACAUYAUUACAGAAACGCUAUGAGAAACCACAGGAAACCCAAUCRACAAAAGCGCUUUAAUCCUAUUUAAUUAAUAGAGAAAUUAUGAAAUGUUUUCGAUUUUUCUCGCUAGUAUGUAAUUUGGAUAUUUCGUGAUCGUUUCUAAGUAUCACAAAACAUUUUCACUGAAGAAAACCGAGUAUUAUUAUUUUUUACUUUGAAGCGGGCUUCCUGUGUCAAUAGCCAGAAGGCCUUUGUUGCAUCAAAGAUGGCGAUACGAAAAUGUUGUUCUUUUAUGUCUAUUUUUAUAACUGGUAUACUAAUGUCAACACUAAAAUAUGUCCAAGGGGAAAAGAAACUAAGAAUGGUUAAUAUGGUUUAUCGCCAUGGAGACAGAUCUCCGUAUGGUUCCUUCCCAUUUGAUAAAAACUUAAAACUAUGGCCUCAAGGUUUGGGUCAAUUGACCCAGAUAGGGAUGCGUCAAGAAUACCAUCUUGGACAAUUCAUUAAACAACGAUACAUUACAGAGAAUAAUUUACUCAAUUCAAUGUAUAUUAGACAACAGGUCUAUUGUAGAAGUACAGAUGUCGAUAGGACAAUCAUGAGUGCACAAGCACAGCUGAAUGGACUUUAUCCUCCUUAUGGGCAACAGGUAUGGCGGCAGGGUGUUAAAUGGCAACCAAUACCAGUUCAUGUGGUUAAGAAAGAGAAUGACAAGGUAAGAUAUAGGCCUACCAACACCCAACCCCCUCCCUCCCUCMCCACACAAUCCUUUCACAACUUGAUCCUGACCAGCCUUCAAACUUUAUCUUCGUAUAUAUAA